GCUAUCAGUUCCUGGCAAGGGAACAUCUACAGACAGACGGCCAGAUGAGCAGCCACUCGUUUCGUGGCAAUCAGACAGCGAUGAGGAGGAGGAGUUUAACCUCCAGCAAUUGUCGCAAGAAACACGGUGGCAGAUACAGCAGCAGUUGAUCAAAGAUGGAUACAAUCUGGACACACUGCCGGAUGAUGAGGAUCUAGACCUCAUUCCACCACGCCCUCUACAGGACAGGUGCACUAGCUGCUGCGAGAACGCGACACACCUGGCCUGCUCGCUACAGUAGUGGUAUGACCAUCAAGUUACUGUAUACGCUGUGUAUUUUGCGGUGGUUCAAUUUUCGCGAAUUUAGCGAACGCGGGGGAUGCCCGCGAAAAUAACACCACGCUGUUCUUCACUGAUUCGGGAAUUCACCGACCUCGAAAUUAACGACUCGCGAAGUUCACAGACCAAGUAACUUAAACAUAAUUUAAAUGUCAGGGAGAAAACGUUAAUACCAGCUGAUGUCGUUUAAUUUUACAUUCGUCAUUGCAGUUAUUUUAUAUUUUUGACAUUAUAUAGCUUCUAAUGUCUGGUCAUUAUCUCAACUUCUAUGAUUAGGAAAUAGGUAACCUCUUUCACGAAAUGAAUACAGAGAGAUGCCUAAAAUGGACUGGAGAUGAAGAAUUUACAUUUUCAUUUCAUUGUGUAAUUUAUGCUUGUUAUAUUUUAGCAUUUUCUGCUUGUGAUGUAACAGACUGGUGCGUGAUAUUUUUUCACAACUGGGUCCAUAUCAGUAUUUAUUUAAAGAGCACAUUUAUAAAUGCACUAUUUUGUUGCAGAUUUUCACUGCUGAUAUUUUAUGCCAAAGAUGUUUAAUAACAGAUGUCGUUGUUGUGAUGUAUAGGUAUUAGUAUUAUAUAUAUUAUAUUUGCCCGUUUAUAGAUACAUGGUGAGCAUUCCUACUUUUAUUCCCUUCUGUGCAGUAGCCCAUUGGCAGCACCAUUACAUAUAUAUCUUUAUAUGUAUAUAUUCAUUUACAGGUCUAUUGUUAAACUUCCUAACGUUCGAUUCACCUCUGCAACCUCCUAGUCAUACUGAAAGUUAGAGCGUGCAUGUAACUGAAGUUUAGUGGUGUGAUAACAAUAUUAUAAGAAAAUAGCCAAAGUAAUGUGAAGGGUAAGAUAUCUUAGUUGUACAUAUCCAACCUGUAUAAUUUGUGUGGAUAAAAUAAAAAUGUAUUUUUCUUCCAAGUGAAUCAAA